GAGGGCCGGAUCAAAUGGUCUCGCGGGCCGUAUACGGAAUUUUUUUAAUUGCAGCAAAUAAUCACACCUGUUGUCCUCUGGGGUCAAAAAUGACCCUGUCUGGUUUGACUGUUUAUAAAGCAUAAAGUAUAAAUUACCUUGAUACCAGUGCAGGGGGAAGGUCAGGCUUAUUCCGCCAUACUGAUCCCACCAUGUACAGCUUUCCUUCUGCAGCUCCAGGCCAAGGGCCUGUGAAGUAAAGGAGUUGUCACAGGUGAUCGUUUUACCCUGGAGACCUUCUGUCAUGUCAAAGACAACUUGCAUGGCCUAACUUGGACUGCGCACCAGCAGGUUUGCCAGUAUAUAGCUGCAUGUUCUAUGCAUAGCUGGACCUGGCAUCGCAUCCACAGUCACAUCAGUGGCUGGAUCGUACAUCAACGGCAGGAGAGAAACCCACGUGUCCCAUACGUCUCAAUUGGGAGUAGGUUGGCUCGUGCAUGGCCAUCUUCUCUUGUGUCUUUAUAUUCAAAACAAAUCACUCUUGAGAUUUUAUGAAACAUGUUGAGUGUCAUGGUAGCAUGGAAAAUUGCCCAACCAGACUCGGCAUGCCAUAAACUACCUGUAGCUUUUUUACUGGAUGGGUACUCGCCAGCGAGAAUCAACAUCUCAUGCCUGCAGAUCCAUUAGAUCCAUCUUUCUCCACUUGUUGCCAUCGACCCGUCGCCCCUCCUUGUUUGUCAUGUUCAGCGCCGCAUCUUCAAAAGUUUUGGGCAAAAACAGGUAAAAAGUGGACUUUAUGUCAUCAAUACGAGACCUUGCAUAUGCGGUUUGACAUGAUGGCUUGUCUCUCUCUCUGCUUUCUCUGCUGUCAACAUGCGUCAUCCGUCACCGGGAGGGAUGGAAGACCAGAUCAAUGUUUCAUCCUUUGACUGGAAAUAUUCUACUAUCUCAGCUGGGUCCUCUUCCUCAGAUUAUUCCUCCUCAUUAUGUUCAGCAUUGGCCUCCUGGUCAUUCUUCUCCACAACAUGGUUAAAAAUUGCUCAUGAGCCAAAGUGCUUCUGCCUCCUCAUUGUGCUGCUCGUCUCUCAGACUAAAAUAACUGUAAAGAGUUCACAUACAGGUUUGCUGACAGCGUGAGGAAGCAGCGGUUUGGAGCUGUCACACCGGGAUACGACUUCAUGCUCACGCUACGGGAAGGGAUAGAAGAGAUUCUGCCCAGUAACGCUCACAGUCUGGCCACUAAGCGCCUCUACGUCUCAAUAACACACUCCAAAAGUGGCAAGAACCACAUCAUAUCCAGGUUUAGCUCCAGAGAGGAGCUCAUAAAGGCUCUACUAGCCAGCAGCUUUGUGCCGGUCUAUGCUGGACUCAAACCAGUGGAAUUGAGAGGACAGAAAUGGAUUGAUGGAGGAUUCACAGACAGUCUGCCAAUUCUGCCUGAGGGACGAACAAUCACCCUGUCUCCCUUUGCUGGACUGCAGGAUGUGUGUCCUGUCCACAGGGGGCGCUUCAACACUCAACUCAAACUGGCCAACAUGAACGUAAUGUUCUCCAUGGAGAACAUCAAACGUCUGAACCAGGCUCUGUUCCCUCCGUCCAGCAGCGGCAUGCAUUCUUUAUGUGAAGAAGGUUACAAUGAUGCUGUGCGCUUCCUGAAGAGAGAGGCCUGGAUGAGCUGACGGUCCGAUGCACGAAGCCAAGUACCAUUUACAGAAAUGUGAGAAUUCCUUUCAUGGAUUCUACUGUAUUUAUUACCCAAGUGUUAAUUAAAAAUUAAAAAGGAAGAAAAAAAGAAAUCAAGAUUGAGUGUUUCCUGUGCCGGUUUGUUUGGCAUUAAGAUGCUGUUUUCUCCAGGAUCAAGGCCUCAGUGUAUCAUUGUGAGCUUCAGUCAGAUUCGUGUCAUCACACACACUGAGCCUUUUUCUUCUCUAUGUGGCAGCAGCUGAACAUGAUAAAAAAGCCUGCAUGUGAACAUGUCUCUCCAUCAAUUUUCCAAGGAGGCAUUUAAUU